AUGGCCAAACUGAAGAUUCCUAAUAACUCUAUAAAAUCUCAUCUUGACGCGCAAGUGACCCAAGCCCCAGCUGCACCAGCCACUUCGGUGACUCCAAUUCAGCAAUGCCUAGUCGCCGUCCCAGCACCAGCUCCAGCUGCUGCACCACCUCUAUAUUGGGGAUACGCCGUUGCUGCUGCACCAGCCGCCCCAGCUGCCACUCGAGUUCACGCUGUCCUAGCCGCCUCGGAGGCUCCAGUUGGGCAAGCCCUAGUCGCCGUACCAGCACCAACCCCAGCGGCUGCACCAGCUCCAAAUUGCGGAUCCGCCGCUCCGUAA